AUGCCCUCGUUCAACCCGUUCGGGGCCGGGCAUCGCAACGCCUGUACACUAUUUGAGAUCCGGCUGGAGAACGACUUCAUCGUAUUCCGAGGCAAUGACCACGAAGCCUCCGGGCAGCUCCUGAAAGGUGUUGUCGUACUUUGCCUCAAGGAACCCCUGCGCGUGGAGGAUGUUCACCUUCGUCUCGUUGGCAAUUGCCGAGUCGCUUGGAUCGAGUCCAAACAGACUCCCACCGGUAUCCACAAUCAAAAGGUCGACAGAACCACGACCGUGUUGAAGCACAACUGGUCACCCUUCGUCGGCGGGCCCCAGUCCCACGGCGUCACAUUGUCUGCCGGCAACUACGAAUGGCCCUUCGAACUCAUGCUACCUGGGGAUACCGCAGAAAGUGUCGAAGGCCUAUAUCAGACAAGUAUCAGCUACCACUUGAAAGCGACUGUAUCCCGGGGCAAGCUUGCCAAGAACCCCCACGCCUACAAACGACUGAGAAUUAUCCGCACGCUGGACCCUACCGCCCUGGAAUUCAACCAUGCCAUGAGCGUCGAGAACAUCUGGCCGAACAAGAUCGAGUACUCAGUUGUCAUCCCCCAGAAGGCUAUAGUCUUCGGAAGCGCAGUUCCCCUCGACAUGAGAUUCACUCCACUAUUGAAAGGCCUGGAUAUGGGCGAUAUCACAGUCAAGCUACUCGAGAUUCAGGAAUUCAGCGUUGCCGGACAGAAUAGCACGUCGAGGACUCAUAAGACCGAACGUGAGGUCUGCUCAUGGACAUUUGGGGUCAACAGAGAGCAAAACUGGCAGGAUAACAUUGAAGAAACAGGACAGGAUGGCUGGACCGUCACCAAGGAGUUGCCCCUUCCGAAGAAGUUGGCAAAGUGCUUGCAGGACUGUUCACUACACGGCAUCAAGAUUCGCCACAAGGUCAAGUUGACUGUGGCCCUCAAGAAUCCUGAUGGCCAUGUUUCCGAGCUGCGAGCAACUCUACCGGUGACCAUCUUCAUCUCGCCGAAUAUGCCCCUGGAUGAUGAAGGCAACUUGAUUUCUCAGGACACGACGGGGUCGUCGAGCGAGAGGACCACGGCCGACGCAGAAAACACCAACAUGGCGCCGCCCGGCUAUGGAAUGCACGUUCUGGAUCAACUAUACGACGACGUCGACACGAGCGGUGUCAUGACGCCGGCUGGGCUGCAGAGUGGGUUUGCUAGUCCCUUCUACGCCCAGUCCCGUGCCGGAUCAUCAGAAAACUUGGGUGCCCUGGCCACCGGCGCAAUCACGCCGGCGGCACUCAGUUCGAGACUGCAAAAUGUGUCGCUGGAUCCAUCUCACAGAAACACGUCGUUUACGUCCGUGGGAUCACACUCCCCAUCGGGCGCCGCGACUCCGUUCCUGCAAGUACAUGAUGGCGACCACACGGCAGAAUCUUCGCAACCCCAGUCAGCCGAGUUGUCACGUCAAACUAGUGCAGAGGAUCACUCGGGUAAUGCGUCGGGGCACAGCACGCCCCCGGAGCAUGUGGACAAUCUCGAUCUGGAACAGUUGAGCAAGGUCCCAAGUUACACGACAGCGACGAGAGCCCCUCUGCCGAGGACACAGAGUUUCACAGGCGUGAUGGCACUCCCCGACUACAACACAGUAAUGAGUGCGCCAUCAUCGCCAACGCGCACCCCGGUCCAAGAUCCUCUGGCUACGAUCGUGGAAGGUGCUCACGCCGACUCGCCUGAAUCCACACCCGAGAGCGAAUCGAGAACGCAUUCAAGAAGCACUUCGUUGCUCAGACGAAACCACUCUUCCCUGGGGUUCAGCUUUCUACAUCACUCGAGCCCUGGCCAUGGAGAUAACGAACGGAGGAUACGGCUCAUGCAGCAGAGGGGCACGCACACGUGA